AUGAAUGGCGAUAAAUCGAUUGUUGUUACAAUUGUCGAUGGUUGUGGUACAACAGCAGCAAAUACUUCACCCAUAACCACCACUAUCACUGAAUUAUCUUGCCAACAGAAUCUUACAUUUAUCGAUGGAUUACCACCAUUACUUCCUGCCACAACAGUUCUAUCAUCAUCAAGAUCACCAUCAUUGGAAUCAUUAUCAGAAUCAUCAUUAUCAUUGAAAACAAAUGAAUCAAAUAAUUCACAACAACAGCUGAUGAUUAAACCAUUAUAUGAAUGUCAACAAUGUCAUAAAACAUUUCAACGUAAAUACAGUUUACGUCGACAUUGGGAAAUGCAUUCUGGUGAAAAGAAUUAUAAAUGUCCAUACUGUGGACUAGCAUUCAAUCAUGUUUAUAAUCGUAAUCGUCAUAUGAAAACUCAUAAAGAUUAUCAACAACAACAACAUGAAGAAUCGAAUGUUUCGGAAUCAAUGAUGGUUGAUUCAACGAAAAAAAUCGAUACAAUCGAUCCAUCAUCGUCAUCAUCAUCAUCUUCAUUGACAUUAUCUUCAUCCGGUGUAAUUGAUGAACAACAAUCAAUUAUGGAACAACCGGAUCCAGUUACAUCAUCAUCAUCAUCAUCAUCAUCAAAAGAUGUAUCUUUGAUGGAUAUGUUGAUUGAAGAAAAGGAUAAUUAUUAUCGUUGUUCACAAUGUUAUAAACGAUUUUCAACUAAAGAACGAUUUGAUAAACAUGUAACAGUACAUGAUGAAUCGGCGAAAAAAUUAUCUUGCGAUUUUUGUGAUCGAAAAUUUCUGACAAAAUCCGCUUUAUCCUGUCAUGUUCGAUAUCAUCAAUUUUCAUCCGAUGUUCCCAGAAAAUAUGAUUGUCUAUUAUGUGACAAAGUAUUUGAUAAUAUACAAUUACGACGUGAACAUAUUUCAGUACAUAUUAAUCCGGAUACAGGUCUAUUUCAUUGUCCGAAAUGUACAAAAAGUUUUGAAGAUUUUUCCAUCAUACGUAAACAUUUAAAAUCAUUUCAUUCGAAUGAAAUUUUUCCAUGUACCGAAUGUCCAAAAGUAUUUCCACGGCAAGAUAAACUGCGUUUACAUAUGCUAUGCCAUAGUGAUCAUUGGGAAUUUAAAUGUUCAAUUUGUGGUAAACAAUUUAAACGUAAAGAUAAAUUGAAAGAACAUACACAACGUAUGCAUGCACCUGAUCGUAAAGAUCGUAUUGCUGCCAAAAUGGCAGCUCGAAUGCAACGUAUUAAAGUACCACGUGCAAAAAAAGUGGCAACCAAACCUAGUCAACCUAAUUAUCAUGAAUAUAUUUAUAAAUGUCAUAUUUGUCUUUAUGGCUUUAAACGUCGUGGUAUGCUAGUCAAUCAUCUUGCUAAACGUCAUCCAGAUGUUCCAUAUAAUACCGUACCUGAAUUGACAAUGCCAAUUGUUAAAACAUCAAAAGAUUAUUAUUGCCAAUAUUGCGAUAAAGUUUAUAAAUCAAGCUCUAAACGUAAAGCACAUAUUAUUAAAAAUCAUCCAGGCAAAUCAUUACCACCAUCAAAUCGAAGUAAACAAUCAAUACAAUCAUCAUCAUCAUCAUCGUUAUCAACCGUUUCGGAUUCCAUUGUUAAUCCACAAACAUAUUCAGCCACUGUUGGUAGUAUAACAACAAAUCCACAUUUUUGUAAUUGGUGCCAUAAACAAUAUGCAAGCAAAGCAAAAUUAAUGCAACAUCAACGAAAAAAACAUCCGGAUAAGAUUCCACAAUCGACAAUAUCUGUUUCACAGAAGAAAAAGAAUAAUAAUAAAGAUAAUCAACAACAACAAAAACAACAAUCGAACGAUAUAUUGAUGAUGGAUGUCAAUUCGGAUAAUACGGUUUCUGCUGCAGUGACAACAACAACAACAACAACAACAACAUCGUCAGCAGCAGCAGCACCUGGAAUGUAUAAAUUCAAUACAGUUAUUACAGAAAAUGGUAAGGCAACAUUUCAUACGGUACCUAUUUUGGAUACAUCGAUGAAAUCGCAAAUGAUUACAAUGGUCGAUUUAAAUCAAACAAUUAAUCAACAAAUAGAAUCAUCAACAAAACAGUUAAUAAUCGAUCAUCAUAAUAAUAAUCAUACAAAUUCAAAUCAUCAUCAUCAUUCAUUUUUAUCACCAACUGAAGAUGAUUCAUCGGCUGUAUAUCUUGAUGAUUUUACUAUUCAUUAUAAAGAUCAUCAUCAUCAUCAUCAUGGAACGGAUUUUAUAGAUGGCUCAACAUCAAAUGUUGAUCAUCAUAAUCAUCUUAAUCAUCAUCAUCAUCAACAACAACAACAGAUUACUGGCUAUACAAUCGAUUCUAAUAGUUUUGAAGAUUUAAUGAAUUUAAAUCUAAAUGGUGGUGAUGAUGAUGGAUCCGAUGUUAAUCAUAAUACAUUACAUAAUGUAUUACCAAUUACAGCGAAUGGUGAUGAUCAUUCACCAUUUUCACCAACAUCCAAUGUUAUCACUAUUCUUGCUUGUACGAAUCCAUCAACAACAUUUACUGGUACUGAUUUGUCGGAAUAUUGUUCCGAUAUAAUGACACAGAUUCAUGAUUUUCAAACACCGACUACAACUGUUUUUAAUAAACCAAUUUUAACUACCAUUGGUAAUCAAAAUAAUUUAAAUCAUCAUCAUCAUCAACAACAUCACAAUGGUCAUCAUCAGAUAAUAGUUGGCUUGAAUGAUCAUGAUCAAUCAUCACCAACAACAACAACAACAACAGGACAGGAUUUAUUGAUCUCAUCGGCUGCUAUCGGUGAUGAUGGUAACAAUAAUAAUAAUAAUAAUAAUUGGACACAACAGGUAGUGACAACCACCACAACCGUUAAUGCCAACAACAACACUAGCACAAUCUGUGAAGAAAUGUCUGCCAUAAUAUGACACAAGAUGAUAAAUGCCAUUUUUUAAAACUUAUCUACAACAACAACAACAACAGCAACAGUCAAUUCAUCACCAUUAUUAUUUCUUUC